CCCUCCUCUCGCCGUCCUGCCUGACUCAGAAGUGAGGACCGGGCAGGUGGUGGCAUCGGAGGCUGCAGAACGCCUCACCUGCCUGUGGAUCCAGGGAGCCUCCAUCCCCAGGAAGAUGCCUGGGAGAAAGGCACUCCUCCUGUCCUGCCUCUCGGCCCUGGUGCUGCUGUCCACGCUGCGGGAGGGGACCAGAGCAUCGGUGGGUGGCAGGCAGGCGGCAGAAGCUCGGGAAGUUCCAGGUGUGCAACAGAAGAUUUUCAUGCAGGAAUCAGAUGCCUCGAGUUUCCUCCAGAGGCGUGGCAGGCGGUCCCCCAAACUGCACGGUGAGGUCAACGCGGAAAACAGGCAGAAGCUGCGGGCGGAUGAGCUGCGGAGAGAAUAUUACGAGGAACAGAGGAACAAAUUCGAGAAUUUAGCGGAGGAACAAAAAGAUGAGCAGGAAGAGAGGAGCUGGGAGGCCGUGGAGCAGUGGCGACAGUGGCACUAUGAUGGGCUGUUCCCUUCCUAUCUCUACGACCGCCACCACAUCUGACCCCUCCUGAGGCUGCCGGAAGGAAGAUUGUGAAGCAGCCCCAGACACCCUGGGCCCCCAAGUCCCUUUGAGGGUCUCGGCACUCCGUGGCCCUGGUUAACCCAUGCCUCUCUGUCCCCCGCCUUCCCAGGCCCCGGCUUCAGCUUCCACGUGGAUAGUUUCCUGAGUGAGCAGCUGCCUGUGGCUCCUCUCAGACCAGAGCCACGGUGCUAUCCCCUGGCCGGGCCCUGGAUCCCAGAGUAGACGCCUGUCUGACAGGAUGGCCACAGAAUCACCGUAGGGAGCAACACCUCCAUGUUUACUCAGAGCUUACAAAUAAA